AUGGUGUCUGGUGGUGUCUGGGGCUGUCUGGUGGUGUCUGGUGCUGUCUGGUGCUGUCUGAUGGUGUCUGGUGGUGUCUGGGGCUGUCUGGUGGUGCCUGGUGGUGUCUGGUGGUGUCUGGGGCUGUCUGGUGCUCUGGUGGUGCCUGGUGGUGUCUGGGGCUGUCUGGUGGUGCCUGGUGCUGUCUGGUGGCUGGUGCUGUCUGGUGCUGUCUGGUGGAGUCUGGUGCUGUCUGGUGCUGUCUGGUGGUGUCUGGGGCUGUCUGGUGGUGCCUGGUGCUGUCUGGUGGUGUCUGGUGCUGUCUGGUGCUGUCUGGUGGAGUCUGGUGCUGUCUGGUGCUGUCUGAUGGUGUCUGGUGCUGUCUGGUGCUGUCUGGUGGUGUCUGGUGGUGUCUGGGGCUGUCUGGUGCUCUGGUGGUGCCUGGUGGUGUCUGGUGGUGUCUGGUGGUGUCUGGGGCUGUCUGGUGACUGGUGGUGUCUGGUGGUGCCUGGUGGUGUCUGGUGGUGUCUGUGGUGUCUGGUGCUGUCUGUUGGUGCCCAUGGUGCUGUGCUGUCUGUUGGUGCCCAUGGUGCUGUCUGGUGCUGUCUAGACGCGCAUGAGCUGCGCGAGGAGCUGGAUGCAGCGAGGGCGACGUGUGCUGACGCGCGUGCACGAGAAGCGCGUGUGAAGGACCAGCUGACCUGCGCUGAGGAGCUCAACGGUCAGCUCAACGCCCGCUGUGCUCAGCUCGAGCAGCGUGCCAUCAGCCUGCAGACUGAGCUGUACAACGCAACAGAAGAGCUACAGCAGCUGCAGGAUCAGCAGGACCGACACGUGCAGGAGCUGCAGAACUCUGCAGCACUCAGUCUGCAGGUGCAGCGUCUGCAGCGGCAGUUGGCGCAGAAAGAAGAAGCUUACCUCCAGCUGCAGGAACAGACGGAGGAGCUACAGCAGGACCUGCAGAAGGCCUUAGACGAGGCCGCGGUAACGAGCGUCGUCCUUCGUGAUCAGCUGAAGCAGACCACCGUCCUCCUGGGGGAGCGUGAUGCUGAAAUAGCUCUCCUGCAGCAGCACCUGGAGCUGCUAGCACAACAGCACAAGAACGUGACGGCUGAGAACCUGGAGCUGAGUGCUCGCCUUAGGGAGGAACGCGCGCCCUCAGCACUCCCCCAGCAGGAGCCUACGUUGGAGUGCGACUUGAGCACCGAGUUUGAGUACGAAGAUCCACACGUGGAACAUGAAGACGUUGACUGGUCGACGCUGCAGUCACUAGGACGUGUGGUGCCCGUCAGCCACUCCACCCCCGCCAUCGUCAUCCACACGGCGCUCAGCAAUACCGGACCUAUCCAGCCCCAUCAUCACCGCUACCUCCUUCAGAACGGCGGUACAACCUUCAACGUGUCCCCACACGGUGAUCGGGACCUCCGGGCCGAGUCCCUGUCAUGGGCAAGGCGUGAGUGCGCCGCGCAAGAGACCUUCACGAUUCAGAGCCUACCUCUGCAGCAGGAACAGCCGCUCAACCGGCACCUGAAUCGGCGGUGGUCACCGCUUGCUGCGUCUCGUCUUGAGUCGCCUCUCGCGAGACCUGAUGUUGUAGGAAGGAGAUCUUAUGCUGCAGGUGGAAGAACUCUGCAGGGCGCGGGACCUGGUGCUGCAAGCGGAGGAACUCUGCAGGACUCUCAUAAUCUUGCGUCUGCAGCCGAAUGCUCGGAUAUACAAAAGGAAAUUCAGGCCGCUGUCACGAUGGAGGAGGACUCGACCUUGCCCUUCUGUGAGCGAUCUUGCCACUCGAGCGAUGGCGUUUCUCCCUGCCCUUCUGCUAGCGCCUCGGGACGCUCUACUUCGUCCGCACCGUCGCUUGUUCAGCCCUCCAGACCCGUGGCAAUAAGUCCAGACCCGUCGUCGACUUAUUGCCAGCCUCGCUCACCUCAACAUCAAUCGAGUAUUGUCAAGCCUUCCCCCACUUUAUCGCCACUUGCUGUCUCUACCAAGGGGUCCGUCACUCCGCAACGUUUAGAUUCAGCCACGUCCAUUUCAACGCCAGGGAGCAUUUCUUUGCCUCCUUGUCUCCUGCGACCGCCUUCCGGCUGUGAAACAUCACAGGUUUUGCAGUCGUCUCAAGAUAUUCCUGAUGUGCCACGAACUCCCACACUUCAGUCGUCGUGUUCCUGCUCGCAGCAGUCGCAGGCCUCCACUUCCCCGCAAUCGAGCAAUUCGAUCCUUGAACUCUCGGAGGAAGACAUCGAGGCUGUCAAAGAAGAGCUGAUGACGCGUUGGCGGGAGGGUGUGGGCGGUGUACUCAAAGCUGCUGGCCUCCCUGAACGUCGAUAUAAACGAAAACUAGAGCACAGCUUCGACAUUUAUAAAGAUGAGCUACAAUGCCGGUCUGCCGCCACUGCUAGUGCUGCGGCAGGAGCAACCUCUCCCACACUUCCCUUCGAACAUUUAGAAGUGUCCGACGAAUUCCAAAUCUCACCCUCCGGUCGCAGUGGUUUUUAUACUGGACGUUUGAGGCGCUUCCAAGGCAUUUACCGACAAGGCGGAGGUGUGCCGCGAUCUGAGUUACCAGCUAUAGUGACACCACUUCGAAGAAAGACCUCAUUCUCCACUGGCAAAAUUAGAAAUUUGCCAGGGUCCGCGUCUUCAGUUGCUGACUUGAUCAAUCGCUUUGAAACUGGCAGCACAGAAGUACAGCGAUGCACGUCGGAACCUUCGCUCAGGGAUAAGUCGAAGUGUUUCGUCCGCUCACCAACCAACGACAGAAGAGCGACGAUAAUCCCUCGCCUACCUGAGUAUAAUGUUAUAGUCCAUGCCAAUAAGUCACAAGUGAUUGAACUGCAGGGAGAUAUAACCACUAAAGAUCAUCAACCUCAGAAUGACACGUGUCACCUUUUGGACUUGACAGGCCACAAGCAGAAAUCAAGUAAAGACCUACGUUAUACUUCAGAUCACAAGGAGAAUUUUGAAGAUUGUCAUCGGGAUGGAACAGCAAACCAUGAGGAGUUUCAGGACAACAAAAAUUCUAUACAAUACCGAUGUGAUCCAAUGGACCAGCAGCACAACGGGAGCUGUAAUAUAAAUAAGCUGAUAGCGCACCCCGGCGUUAUGUCUGAAACUAUGGCAACUUCUGCGAACCUCGAAAACUUUGAUCUGGGCGGCGAAGAAGACUACGAAUUGAUUGACUUCGAGUUCCGUCAUGUGCUUCAAGGAUCCGUUUUAGAAAUGGAGCUUCUGAAUUCUCCCGCACAGAAUCGUGCGUCAGAGACUAAAAGCCACUGCGAGCUUCAACCAGGAGCGUCUGUUUCUUCUUGCAGCGAAGAAGUCGAAGUUGAAAGCAAUCAUGGCAGCGUGCCUGUAAUUUUGCGGCUUGAUACCCGGCUAAUGAAACCUUCAACAGAUAUGUUUUCGCUGAACGAUGACGUUUCGCCGUAUGGCUCGGGCAAUGCCGAAAAAUUGAAUUUAUCUUCCUCUAACUUGGGAAAGACUUCUGUCGAAAUCACGUCCGGAGUUUCUGAACAAAACGCGCAGUAUUUUGCAGCGUUACAGCUUUCUUCUGGAUCAUCUAUGGUGCCCCCGCAACUGUUACCUUCCAGCGGACAUAUUAUUAGUCCAUGUGAAGCUCCAGGUUCUGGUUCACCUAUGGUGCUCACGCCUCCGUUGCUUUCUCUUGUACCAAUUAUAGGUUCUAGUGAGGCUCAGAGUUCUGGUUCAUCCAUGAAGCUUACGGAUCCGUGGCCUUCCAGCGGAAAAUUUUUUAGUCCUCGUGAGUCAUGGUCUAACGUGGAUGUUGUCUCUCUUGAGCCCAUUUCUCUGGCUUCAAACACCGAUGGUUUGGACAACAAAGACCUCAAAUUUUGUUGUGAAGGAGCAAGUGACGUCGACUCUAUGCUACCGUACGGCUUGGACCGCGAUAUCGAAGCGGACGAUUCCAUGGACUGGAGUCUGGUGUCUGGUGAAGGUCCAAUGAAACCGUUCAGUGAUGGUCAACUUUAUCAAAAAAGGGAACUCUACAUGGAGCGGUACGCCGGCUCCCCAAGAGCUUGUCGCUGCCUGCACCUGCAUCUGUGGUGGACACUGCGACCUGUACUCGCCUCUUUCUUGGGCAGGUCAAGCUCAGUGUGUGGCCUGCAGAGCUCAGUGUAUGGCCUGCAGAGCUCAGUGUAUGGCCUGCAGAGCUCAGUGUAUGGCCUGCAGAGCUCAGUGUAUGGCCUGCAGAGCUCAGUGUAUGGCCUGCAGAGCUCAGUGUAUGGCCUGCAGAGCUCAGUGUAUGGCCUGCAGAGCUCAGUGUAUGGCCUGCAGAGCUCAGUGUAUGGCCUGCAGAGCNUGUAA